UUUGUGCAAAGAGUGAAAUUACAACAUCACUUUAGGAUUUUUGAUGGAGCUAACAGGCCUCACCAACACCAAGCACAGGUAAGUAUGUGUCCGCAUACUUUCGGCCAUGUAGUGUAGUUCAGAUUGCAGUUUUUGUGUCAUGCAUUUGGGGGCGCUGUUAUAUGCCAUUAGGGCCCCUCCUACUGGUCCAGCACAAAACAUUCCCUCGGCAGAAACACGGACUGCACUUCACUUGUUCCGCCAAGGAAAAACAGCCGAUGCAGUCCUCCCCUCCAGCCAAUAUCGAUCAGUGUUGAAAGCGUGUGGCCGUAAUGUAACUCGACAGACUCCAUCAGGAACAACCGGACUGACCGCACUUCAAUGGCUGACCAGAGCUUGGUGUGGAUGUGUUGAUACCCUGGUAGCUAGCUCACCUGUUAGUGUCGGAGGGUGGCGAUGGAGAACAUCGAGGAGCCUUCUCCCCUCCGGAUCACCCCUACCGUCCGGGCGCUGAGCUCCGCACUGCGGGGGAAGCGUGAGAAUGUGCCCGAGUCCAGCCGGAGAGACGGCGACAGGAUCUUCCCCGACCCGGAGAAGCUGUGGUUCAAGGAGAGCAGCUCGAAGAACCUUCGGAACAGGGACUUUCUGUCGCCCUCCACGAUGCUCAACACGCUGUAUGCGGACGGACAGGUCCCUCCGCCAGUGAUGUCAAGGGUCCUGUCCCUGCGUGGCAAUGGGGUUCUCCCUGUGGCUGGUGGGGAGGUGAUUGGUGAAGGGCUGAGGGUGAGGGUGGACCGGCCCGCAGCCUUUAAGGCCGUUCUGGCAGGUGGAGCCACAGAGUAUCUCAAGCCCUCCAGUCAGAGGCAAAGCUGUGUGGUGCUUAACUGCCCCGCGCUGCACCCUAAACCCAACACACCGGCUCCUGAUACACUGACUCUAGGCCAGCUGAGGACUGUUCUGCUGGCUGACCACAUGGGAGCGCUGCUGAGAGGACAAGGAUUUGCAGUGUCCUAUUGCCCAACGCUUCCCCAAGACAGCGACAUUAGCACCUUUCUGCAAGCUCUGGGAAUCGAUUGGCCGACAGCCCCAGCAAGCUGGACCAACGAUGAGCGGGAGGAGAAGAUCCAGGAGGCGCUGGAGAACAGUCCGUACAAAGAGAGGGAAACGGAGAGAGGCAGGAGGACCAGUGGUGGUGGAGGAAGGAAGACAGAGGAGGGGGAGAACGAGGGAGCUCUCAGGGUCAACCUGAAAAGAGUGUUCCAGGAGGUGGGGCUGCUGGGAUACGACCCCAGCCUGGGUACCUGCACAGUACAAAGGGACAGUGUUGCACACCUGGCACAACUGGACCUAGCCACAGCCGACUGCACAGCAGCCAUGGCAACAGCGUUACAUGUGACUUCCUGUCAGGAUGAGUUCCGCCAGCAGCAGAUAGCAAUGUUGUGGAGAGCCAGUGGAGCGUCGCACACGCAGAGACAUCUGGUGUGUGGGCCUGUGAAGACUCCUGGGUCUCACCUCACCGCUGCACAGUACCUGCAGCUGAGAAGAGAACAGAUGAAGGAGGCCUCAGAGAUGAAGUAUGGAGAUCAAGUAGAAGGUCAGACGUGGGAUGACAUCAUCAGGGUCAUGACUUCUGCCACAGUCCGAUUUGAGCUGCUAUCUACAGUCCACAGUAGUCCUGUGACACUGGAUGUCCAGAGGGAAGGGGGCGUGUCCACCAAAGGGCCGAGAGGAGGCGUGUUUGUGAUGUACAACUGUGCACGACUUCACACUCUGUUCGACAGCUACGAGAGAGGAGUGGAGAAGGGUCUGUACCCAGAAAUCCCUGAGGGCUCCCAGCUAGACUUCUCUUCUCUGAAAGAGGAGGGCGAGUGGCUGCUCCUCUUCAAUUACCUCAUCCCAUUCUCCGAGCUGCUGGACCAAUCAGGACAAGUGCUAGAUGGGGAAGGGGGAGGAGCCAGAGUUAAUAUAAAGACUGAACAGAUCUGUAAAUUUCUCGUGUCUCUCAGUAAAGACUUCAGCUCGUACUACAACAGAGUCCACGUGCUGGGGGAGCCGUUGCCUCAUCUCUUCAACCAGAUGUUUUGUCGCCUGUACUUGUUGAGAGCCUUGAGAGAGCUCUACCACAGCGCUCUGGACACCCUCAACCUCCCCCCCAUCAGGCAACUAUAGCCUCGAUAGAAUUCACUCCGGCCAUCAGUGUUAGCCCUAACUCCCCACCCAUUACACACACAAACACACACAGACACACACACGCUUGUAGCUUCAUCAUAUAAACACUUUGCUUGGAUAUUAAUGUGUACAUGUGACACAUUGUUAGCUUCCCCUGUCUUUGGCGUUGUCACAGCCAGUGAUGAGAUACUGUUUCACCUGCUCACUAUGUAGCUUCUACAGCUCAGUGGGAAUGAUUCCCUGUAGCUGAACAUACUGUAAUACAACAUUACUCAUCAAUCCUCUAAUGUGACAAUGGGGAUUGUAAGUUUACCUUGAUGUGGUCAAACUGGUUUGGUAGGAAGCUAUGCACAGAAUCAAUAUUUUUGGAAAUCCUGUUAUUUGGUUUCUGAUCAAGAGUAAGAUGAGAAGGUCGAUAAAAUUCUUAUAUAGUUUCCUGUGGGAACACAAUCUGCCCGCUAGCUCCUAUAAAACUAAAACAUUAUCACAAUAUAUCUUAGAUCUAAAAUAUAAACAUAAACCAAAGUGUGAAAACAAUAAUCUGAUUUGGGGCAUGUGGAAAUAGUCUGAAACAUGCUGUAAACCUGCAAAGUAUAAUUUUACCCUGUUGUACAUGGAGAACAAACAAUGUUCAAUUGGAUCAGCUUCAGAGAUGAUGGAGAUGCAAAUUUGAACAACCAAAUGUGGCAAAUGUACAGCGACUCAGUUAACGAAGGUUUGUUCUGUUGAAGCUUUCAAUUAUAAAUUCUACUCUUGUCAUUUGAUCAUUUUGUGCAUUUGUAUGCCCUUUAACCCAGCAACCCACAAAACGUUCUAUUUUGGUCCCGUAAUCCCAACAUUACUCUUGUGUCCAGCCUGAACUGUAGUUUGCCACCUCACAUUUAUCAAUGCCAUAGAAAUAUUUAUUGUCAGUUUUAAAAUCUUUAGAUGUCAACAGAAUAUAUGUAUAUUCUGCAUCCUGAGUCUUAAAUGCUGUGUUAAUAUUAUUUUCCAGAAUCCUGGAGUUGUAGUUAUUGUGCUUGACAAAUCACUAAUGUUCAGUAUCAAAGAUGUACCAGAGGUACAACGGCAAACAGCACCUUCGCAGUAUCUAGGACUUUGUGCCAAAAUGUUAGGAAAUGCAUGAAGUGGCAUGAAAAUAAGAUAUUUAUUAAGAGUUUUAUGAGAUAAGAUGUAAUUUAUAAACUGUUGGAAAGAUAAUGAGCCUUAGUUGAACCUUCGGUGUCUCUGACACGGGGAAAUGUGUUUGUUGCAAUUUCAUUUUUGGUAAAACGUGCCAUAACUUGUUUAGUUUUUUUAAUUACCUGUCGUAAAAACAAAACUGUUGUAUCGUACAAGAAGAUCAAAUAUCUUUCAAUUUCUCUUCUCACUGCAUGAAAUGUUGUCUGUUCAUGAAUUGUCAGAUUUUUUUUUUUAUGGGAUGUUUUUUGACUUUGUUUUUACUAAAGAAAGGGAAAGAGAGGUUUGCAAUAAGCAGAUUUGUUUACAGUAACUGUUGUUAACUGCCAUAGUAAUUAUACAGCUGUAUUAAAGCAGCAGUAAUGCAGGAUGAUGGACUUUUUUUUUUUAAUACCUUAUGCUGGAUACUGUAUAAAUGCCAUUUGUUCACUUGCAUCAUGACUCUCGUGUUGCCAUGUUUUCACCCAUGAGACCUCAACAUCUCUGACCUUCCACCAUUUCUCGUUCCUCUCUCCUUCCCCUUCGCUGUUUCCUCUCCAAUGACUCCUCAUAUACAGAUUUUGACCUUGCUAAUUUCAGAGCCGCAUGUUUUGGGUGUUCAACUACUUGUGAUUCACUUUUUUUAAAGCUGAUUUCUGGAAAUGCUGAUAAGAAGCAUGUUUUCUGUGUAAAUCAAACAGCUACAACCCAAUUUAAAAAAAAAAAAAAAAAAAAAAAAAAGGUGUUUCUAUGUAAGGAAAGAAUCGUUAAAGCAAACAGCUUUGUAAUGGACUUUAUCAAUAUUAAAAGAAAAAUUAUAAUUCUGUCAGUCCUGCACCUAUAAGCAGCAUUGCCUCAGCUUUAUAGGCUAUUCCAUCGUAUAGAGUCAAAUCUCGAUACGUCUCUGACCCGUGAGUAUAUCCACUCAUCUGCAUCUAAGUAUUCCUGCCAAACGUCCUCCAACACACAUCUGUCCACCUACAGUGUCAUUCCCAUCUGCAGAAUGCAAAUAACUGAGACUGGCUCCCUCGCUCUGUGUUUUCCUCUGUGUCAGACUGAUACAAAUAAAGAAGCUGCUCCAGUGUUGCAAACCGCCCUUAGGCCCCAUAAAUACAAUAACCCACAUACUGCAUGGAUAUAAAGAAUAUGCUGUUAACAGUGAUCCAUCAUAAUAGAUAAAACCCUGUUAAUGUGACAAAGGUCGUUCUCCUUUUCUCUUCUGCUUCCUAUCCCCUCGCCUGGGUUCCUAAUAUGGUGUUUUCUCCCCUUCUCUCCUUUAUCUGUUCCCUCAUCUGGAGCUCGUUAAUAGAAAAGAAGGGACCGAUUCAUGGCUGAUUACACGCCAAAGAUUUGCUUCUUAAAAACCUUAGCCACUUCUGUAUUCUGUGGGUCACAUCAAAUUUUUCUGUUAUUUAUCACAAAUUAAAUCAUAAAUUUAUUUCUGUGAAAUGUGCAGGGUAAAAAAUCCUAGAGAUCCUGUUUGAUUAUGUGGAUUUAAAGUAGCAAUGUAUCAUUUGAGAAGACCUGCAUUUCUCUCCCUCACUUCCUGUCUAAUGUUUCUGCCUCAUUGUAUAUCGGCAAAUCUACACACUUGCACAUACAAGGGUUUGCACCGAAAACUUCAAUACAGUGUUUACUGUCAAAAUUCGUAGUCUAGAGGAAUAUGCGUCUUUUCCUCCAGACUUUGAUUACUACCUGGGUUUGAUUGUUAGUUCAAAAAGUAUUUAUUCCAUCACACGACUCUAAAACCCAGAGAAAUCUAAAUGAAAAUUAUCAGUUGUAUCUGUCUAACCCUAAUUCAUCCAGCAAACUUGUACUUCUAUUUUAGCGAGGACACUCAUUAGUAUAGUACAAUCCCAAGCCCCUUACUCUAACCAUCACAAAUAAAUGCCUAUGCCUAAUCUAACCUAAAUCCUAUCCCUUACCCUUGCUAAAACCUACUUCUAACCCUAAAAGUAAGACCCUCAAACAGUCCAUUGAAAGUGGGUCAGAAAGUGAGGACCAGCCAAAAUGUCCCGAGUUCCUGUACUUACACAGCUGUGAGUCUCACCUGUAACGCUUUCCUGUGUUCAAUCAGAUCUGUACUUUCCAAGCUAUGCUACUACUACACAUGUGGAUCAAUAAAUGAUUUCUCCACCA